AUGCUCGUUGCCAGUCGCAGCAGCAGCCGACCUGUCUUGGCUUUGGCUUUGAGCGCUGGACGCCGAGCGGCUCACUCUGCCGCAGCUUCUUCUGCUCCAAUCCUCGCCACAAGUCUGGCUUCUUCUACUGCGCCUGGUCCCUGCGCGCUGACCGAGUUGCAGUGGCGCGGACUGCUCCAUGCACACACGAGCUCGUUCGAGGGACUGGCUGCGACGCUGCGAUCGCCCAAUCGCGCUUGCCUCUACGCCGGGUUUGAUCCGACUGCGGACAGUCUGCAUGCGGGAAACCUGCUCGUGCUGAUGGGCAUGCUGCACUUCCACCGCGCAGGGCAUCAAGUCAUUGCGCUGGUCGGCGGUGCGACUGGCCAGGUCGGCGAUCCCAGCGGCCGCCAGACCGAGCGAUCCAUGCUCGCAGUCAACACUGUCGCAAGCAACGCGGCUGGCUCCCCUACCAGCAGCCCAAAACCCGUCACCGUCGUCAACAACUUGGACUGGUAUGCUCCAAUGAACGUGCUAGAGUUUGUACGCGAUGUCGGCCAGCACUUUCGCAUGACUACGAUGCUGGGCAAGGAGUCGGUGAAAAGUCGUCUGCAACCCCAAAGUACAUCGGCAAGCGGCACGGAGCCAGCGGGGAUGAGCUUCACCGAGUUUACCUAUCAGCUGUUCCAGGCGUACGAUUAUUACCAGCUGCACGAGCGCAACCAGUGCCGGCUGCAGCUUGGAGGGAGUGACCAAUGGGGCAACAUUACAGCCGGCUGCGAUCUGAUCCGCAAGGUGACUGGGAAGGAGGCGCAUGGCGUCACCAUGCCACUCGUAACUACGUCGACGGGCGAAAAGUUUGGCAAGAGCAUGGGCAACGCUGUUUGGAUGGACGCCGCCAAAACAACGCCGUUCGAAUGGUACCAAUUCUUUUUGCGCUCGGAAGACAGUCAAGCGGAGCGCUACUUGCGCUACUACACCUUCCUGUCCUUGGAUGAGAUUACCGAUAUUGCUCGCCGUCACGCGGAAGCUCCGAACAAGCGGAUUGCGCAGACAGCGCUGGCAGACCAAGUCACCCUCUUGGUGCAUGGUCGCGAAGGUCUGGCGGAGGCGCAUCGCUCCACCAAGUUGCUCUAUCACCGAGGAGGAAGUGGCAGCGGAAGUCCCAACUCUACCAACAGCAACGAGGUCCAAGCAACCGAUUCGUCCAACAGCCCUUUCGAGCUGACUAGCGCCGAGGUGGCGGCACUGCUAUCGGCGCAAACGCCCAGCAUCAACGUAUCGCGCUCCGAGCUGGGUCAGCUCUUGCUGAUUGACGCACUGGUGCGGCUGGGGCUGACUCCUUCCAAAUCAGAGGCGAAAAAGCUCAUUCGCAACGGAGGCGUCUCCGUCAACUCGGUCAAGUCAGUCAACGAGCGCGAUGUGCUGGGUGAGAACCACGCGUUGAAAGACAGCAAUGCCACGUUGUUGCGGGUUGGGAAGCGCGCGCACGGUUUGGUACUAUGGGAAGCAGCUGCAAUUUGA